AUGGCGGAGACACCAAGCAUGACCCCGGAAGUCCCGAACAUGAUCCAAGACUCUUCCUCCGAUCUACCAUCCUUCGCACCCUCACGCCGAGCCACAGUUCCCGGUCGUCGAUCGCCAUCACAACCAGCCCCAACUAUCUACCUCAGAGGCUUCAACUGCGUCGCCAGCGACCCAGAAUACGACCUCGCACGAAGUGUGACAGGAAACGUACAGCCGUACUGGUUUGAAGAAACGCGGAAUCCUGCAGUCCACUAUGGCCCCUCUCGAAGACAGAGAAGGGAAAAUGCGACGCGACGAGCUGAUCGGGUUGGAGACGGUCAUCUCGUCAUUCCUGACACUGAGGAAGCUAAGUCGUCGGACAACAAGAACACGCAGCGAGAAGAGGCAAAAGAAGCGUUUCUGGAGGCUAUGUGGCCAACGAUCCGCGACGAAUAUCUCGCCAUGUUCAAUAUGACUAGCCUGGCGCCAAAGCAAGAGAAACGCAUGAAGACUGACACAAUGGUGUUUCUGGAGGAGGAGUGGAAUAUCCUGGAGGAAGAGCGUAGGGCGGAAGAGCAUAGGGCUGAGAAGCAAGAGGAGAUGGAGCAGAGUAAGCCUAUCGUUCGCUUGCCUGUUCGCAAUGUUUCGGAUGGGAAAGGGGCGUCGGGGAAGAAGUACAAGAUGAAGGGGAAGGGGAAGGGGAUGGUGAAGGUGAAGGACGGAAGUGGGGUGGAGGCGAAAGGGGAAAAGAAGGGGAGCAUUUCGCAAAGGUUGAGGAAGGUUUUGGGGAUGACUGCGAGGCCAGUGGUGGUGAAGGAUGGGGUUGUUGGGCCGCCGUUUCAUCCGGUGUUGUGA